AUGCUUUAUUCAGGGGUUUGGGAUUCACAACUAAUAUUUUUGACUAACUUUAACUGUAUAAUGUCUUCCAAAAGCAUAAGUAUAAUAAGUAAGAUUUUUAAUCCCAUGCUGCCCUUCCAAAUGUUGCUGCGAGUGUAUUCACUAUGUGUCUUGACUGUAGACAUAAUAGUUGUCUACAUAAAUACUAUUUUUGCCAUAAUCAAAUCAGUUGCUGAGUUUUUUAUUCCCAGACCUAUGAAAUCAUUAGAAAAUGAAACAGCUUUGGUAAUUGGUGCAGGCAGAGGUGUUGGACGGUCACUUGCUAUGCAACUCGCAGAUCUCGGAGUAACAGUCAUUUGUGUUGACAUAAAUGAGGACAACAACCGAAAAACUGCUGAGUAUAUCAAAUCACAAGGCUUUAGUGUCUUUUGCUACACGUGUGAUAUCACUAAAAAGGAAAAUAUUGUUGAACUAGCCACUUCACUUGAAGGUGAAGUUGGCUUUGUGAGCAUGUUGUUUCAUUGCUGCGGGAUUCCAAGCCCUAGAUCCUUAAUAACACAGCCACCGCAAGAUAUUCAUGCUACUAUGGAUCUUACCUUAACAUCAUAUAUUUGGCUUAUUGACCAAUUCAUGCCUCAAAUGAAAGCCAAAAGUCAUGGUCAUAUUAUUGCCCUAACAUCAGUGGCUGGUUUGAGUUACAACAAGGAACUUAUGCCACUCAGUGUUGCCCAGUUUGCUGUUCAAGGCCUUGCAAAAUCUUUGAUGGAAGAUCUUAGAGUCAAUAAAAUCAAUGGAGUAUAUAUCACACUAUCACAUAUAUAUCCAUUUAUAGUGACAGAUAAUUCAGAUUUGAGGUCCAAGAUACCAAGUUACUUUGGCACAAUUACCCCAGAUAAGGCGGCAAAUGCAAUUCUCGAAAGUGUACGUCGUAAUUAUGCAGAAGCGUCUGUUCCUAAACACCUACUGUACUUGGGUAAUGUCCUGCGGGUUUUACCACGUAAAGCCACUGUCAUGAUUAGAGACCUCCUAGACACCGGCGUGGAUUUUGCAUAA